CUUGUCUCGCCAACCCUUUUGCGACUGACCAUGGCGGACAACGAACAAAAUGACAUGGAAGCCGCCAUACAACAAUCGCUACAACAGCUUGAAAAUGAUUUGGAACAACAAAAGAAAGAGAAGGAAGAGCUGAGACAAGCUAUCGCUCUUUCCCUUGGAAAACCCGUUGAAAGCCUGACUGCACGAGAAACACUAGCGGCAACGUUAGGGUCCUCGACAAAGCGACCACUGGACGAUUCCACCAGCGCUGCUACGGAAUUCAAAAAGCAGAACACGGGAAAGCCAUCCAUGCCUACAUAUCUAGAUGGAGUAGUCAAACUCACGCACGUCAAAGGAACCACGGGCGCGGAUUAUAUCACAAUUCAACAAGUUAUCGAAGCCAAGUAUCUUAAAAAAGCACUGAUGACAGCUUUCGUAGUCAGCAUGGAUUUCGUUGAUGAACAAUUUCCGGAGCAUAUAAACGUUUGCAUUGUCAUGCAUGGCCGACAGGGUUCCGCCUUUCAAGUCAGCCCUAAACGAAUCGUUGUACAUCCUCCCAUGAGUAACCCAAAUUUCGGAGUGUUCCAUAGCAAGUUGAUGUUGCUCUUUCAUCAAUCUUCUCUAAGGGUCGUUAUUGGAUCUGCCAAUUUUGUAGACUACGAUUGGUGUGAACUAGAGAAUGUUCUGUUUAUACAAGAUUUCCCAUUGUUGCAAGAAGGGCCAUUAAAAAGUGCUGAUCAGCUGCCAAAAUUUGGUGGAGAUAUUCACGAGCAGCUGGGUCUUAUGGGAGUUCCUACGGCCGUUAGAAAGGAAUUGUUGUUCUACGAUUUCUCAAAAGCAAAGGCACAUAUAGUUCCUUCAGUGUCUGGUACACAUGAAGGAGACGAGCGGUAUAAGGUUGGUCAUACGCGAUUGUGCAGCGUAGUUGAACAACUCGGAUUGCAGCAGGAACAGGUCGCAAAUGGGCCGAAGGUUGAGCUUCAGACCUCGUCAUUAGGAGCGAUGACUGUGCCAUAUUUGCAAGAGUUGUACCUAUCAUUUUGUGGUAUUAAUACGUUCACACCGGAUGGAUCCAAUAUUCAAAAAGGCUAUAAGAAAAAUGGAGGAAUUCCACCUGUCACCAUCGUUUAUCCAUCGACAUUUACCAUCGACAAUAGUAACGUUGGGCGUGAGGGAGCGAGUACAAUAUGUUUUAAUACUGCAAAUUGGAAAAAACCCACAUUUCCCCACAGCAUCAUGAGAGAUGCUGUCAGUAAUCGCCAUGGCACACUGAUGCAUUCCAAGUACAUUGUUGCCAUACUAGAUCAGCCCAAAAAUCACAUCGCUGGUUGGGUGUACGUUGGGAGUCACAAUGCUACACAGGCAGCUUGGGGAAAAGCAACGGUAUCUCGUGAAAAAAAAUGCCCCAAGAUAAGCAUGAAUAAUUGGGAGCUUGGAGUUAUAUUGCCUAUAAGCGAUAAGGGCAGUGACAUCCGACAUCUGUGCGACGGCUUGCCCGUGCCAUUUGUUCGACCUGCUGAAAAAUAUCAAUCUGAUCAACAGCCCUGGACGCAAAAUCUUUGGUCUUAAUCCGGUGCUAUUUACAGAGCCAUUUCAAUAUGAUUGUUAAGUCAUGCAUAGAGAGGGGUAAAUGCGGAUCAUUUAAUGGAUGCAUUGUAUUUGCAUAUUUUGUAUGUGAGAACUGAAUGAAGAAACUGUAUAUAACACAUAUAACACAAAUAAUGAAUCAAGACUAAAAUUCAAAAAUUUAC